UAUUCGAUUUCAGGCAAAAGACCUUGCCGUUGAUCAUGUAUCCGAUGAGAAAUUAUCGAUUAACAUCUCAGGAAGAAAAUUUGAGACGUGGAAAAAUACGUUGGAAAAGUUUCCUGAAACACUACUAGGAUCCAAUGAGAAGGAGUUUUUUUAUGAUGAGGACACGGGAGAAUAUUUCUUUGAUCGUGACCCGGAUAUUUUUCGACAUAUUCUCACUUUCUAUCGUACAGGAAAGCUGCAUUAUCCUCGACAUGAAUGCCUCGUUGCGUACGACGAAGAAUUGUCAUUUUUUGGCAUCAUGCCAGAUUUGAUAAGUGAUUGUUGUUAUGAAGAUUAUAAAGAUAAGAAGCGAGAAAAUCAGGAACGCCUUCUCGAGGAGCAGCUCGAGAGCACCGACGCGACCAAGCUCAAACAGUCUGUUCAGCAAAAGAUGUGGGCAGCGUUCGAAAACCCCCACACGUCAUCGGUCGCACUUGUAUUCUACUAUGUCACGGGUUUUUUCAUUGCCGUUUCUGUAUUAUGUAAUAUAAUAGAGACCAUUCCAUGCUGGUAUGUAAAUGAUACCCCUACCUCCUGUGGAGAUGCCUAUGAGAGCCAAUUUUUUGUGUUAGAUACUGCUUGUGUUAUCAUAUUUACCAUAGAAUAUUUAUUACGACUAUAUGCUGCACCGGAUCGAUGUCGGUUUUUGAGGUCCAUAAUGAGUGUAAUCGACGUGGUGGCGAUACUACCAUACUACAUCGGUCUCGGCUUGCAGAACAAUAAAGACGUGUCGGGAGCGUUUGUUACUCUACGAGUAUUUCGAGUGUUUCGAAUCUUCAAAUUUUCUCGGCAUUCACAAGGUCUUCGAAUACUCGGCUAUACGCUGAAAUCAUGCGCAUCUGAGCUCGGAUUUCUGGUGUUUUCGUUGGCUAUGGCGAUCAUUAUCUUCGCAACGAUUAUGUACUACGCCGAAAAGAAAGUAAACGAUACCAGGUUUACCUCCAUCCCGGCUGCAUUCUGGUACACAAUUGUAACGCUUACCACACUUGGUUAUGGUGAUAUGGUACCGUCAACGGUUAUGGGUAAAAUUGUUGGUGGGAUCUGUUCACUAUCUGGUGUGUUGGUGAUCGCGUUACCGGUUCCGGUUAUUGUAAGCAACUUCUCGCGUAUUUAUCACCAAAAUCAACGCGCUGACAAACGAAGAGCACAAAAGAAAGCUCGUUUGGCCAGGAUUCGAAUAGUGAAAAAUGCCUCUGGUCAAGCGCUAUUUAAUAAGAAGAAAGCACAUGAAGCUAGAAUGCGAGCAUUUGAACAAGGUCUGAUCUCACUUGAUGCUCUACGAGAUGAGGACAUCUUCGAGAUCCAGCAUCACCAUCUGUUGCAAUGUUUAGAGAAGGCAACCGAACGGGAAUUUGUUGAAAGUGACGUCACGUUCAACGAUGCUCGUUCAACACCACCCAUUUCCGAAACAUCAUCAUUAAGUACUGUCAGGAUGCCAAAACGACGACGAAAAUGGUGCUGUGGGAAAGGCGAAGACGAGACGACGGAGGAAGAUGAACGACCCACCAGAGUGACAUUCAAUCAGAGUAUGAACCAGAUUCAUGAGAGAACACCAGAUGAGAAAGUGGAGCUGCCUAACAUUUGCGUGUCACAGCUGUAA